AAGUCCUCUUUCCUCUGUAUAUGCUCUGCUGCCUCAGCCUGGUGGUGUCUUCUUCUCUCUGUCAAGAAAAGAAAGGAAAAGCGAAGCGAAGUAACAGGAAUGGGAAGUGGUGGAGAUGUGGAGGAUAUGUUGAAGGACGAGAAGAACCCUCCCCCUCUGGAUGAGGACGAUAUCGCUCUCCUCAAGACCUAUGGCUUAGGACCGUAUUCUGCGAGUAUAAAGAAAGCCGAGAAGGAAAUUAAGGAAAUGGCUAAGAAAGUCAAUGAUUUGUGCGGUAUCAAGGAGUCUGAUACUGGUUUAGCUGCACCGAGCCAAUGGGAUCUUGUUUCUGACAAGCAAAUGAUGCAGGAGGAGCAGCCCCUUCAGGUGGCUAGGUGCACCAAGAUAAUUAGUCCAAACACCGAAGAUGCCAAAUACAUGAUAAAUGUUAAGCAAAUUGCCAAGUUUGUUGUUGGGUUGGGUGACAAGGUUUCCCCUACUGAUAUAGAAGAAGGCAUGCGCGUGGGGGUCGAUCGCAAUAAAUAUCAGAUACAGAUUCCUCUUCCUCCCAAAAUUGAUCCUAGUGUGACCAUGAUGACAGUAGAGGAGAAGCCAGAUGUGACAUAUAAUGAUGUUGGUGGAUGUAAAGAGCAGAUAGAAAAGAUGCGAGAGGUUGUUGAGCUGCCCAUGCUACACCCUGAGAAAUUUGUGAAGCUUGGAAUUGAUCCUCCUAAGGGUGUUCUCUGCUAUGGUCCUCCUGGAACUGGUAAAACACUUUUAGCCAGAGCUGUGGCUAAUAGAACUGAUGCUUGUUUCAUUCGGGUUAUUGGAAGUGAACUUGUUCAAAAAUAUGUUGGUGAGGGAGCCCGGAUGGUCCGUGAACUUUUUCAGAUGGCCCGUUCAAAGAAGGCUUGCAUUGUGUUUUUUGAUGAAAUUGAUGCCAUAGGGGGUGCACGAUUUGAUGAUGGUGUAGGUGGAGACAAUGAAGUCCAGCGUACAAUGCUUGAAAUCGUCAAUCAACUUGAUGGGUUUGAUGCCCGUGGAAACAUCAAAGUUCUUAUGGCAACAAACAGGCCUGACACUCUAGACCCAGCACUGUUACGCCCUGGAAGAUUAGACCGUAAGGUUGAGUUUGGCCUUCCAGAUUUGGAGAGUAGAGCACAGAUAUUUAAGAUCCACACCCGAACAAUGAACUGUGAAAGGGAUGUCCGUUUUGAGCUUUUGGCUCGGCUCUGCCCGAAUUCAACAGGAGCGGACAUUAGAAGUGUGUGUACUGAAGCUGGAAUGUUUGCUAUUCGAGCCCGGCGGAAGACAGUAACAGAGAAGGACUUCCUUGAUGCAGUGAACAAAGUAAUUAAGGGAUACCAAAAGUUCAGCGCAACACCGAAAUAUAUGGUCUACAAUUGAGUGGGUGAUUUUGCAUGUUGGAUAGAGAAAUUUGAUGGCUGAAGCUGGAAUGUUUGCUAUACGAGCCCGGCAGAAGACAGUAACAGAGAAGGACUUCCUUGAUGUAGCGUGAAUAAAGUAAUCAAGGGAUACCAAAAGUUAAGUGCGACACCGAAAUAUAUAGUCUACAAUUGAGCGGGUGAUUAUGCUGUUGGAUAGAGAAGUUUGAUGGUUAAGUGAUGCAACACUGCUGUUUUGUUGACAUCAAAUUCGUAUUAUUUCACCUUCCUUUACUUGGGUUUCAAUGGCCAUGGACCUUUUUGUGCUUUAUGGUUUUUUCAACUUUUGUAAUGGAUCACAAUGUUAUGUUUAAGUUUCCUGCCCCCACAGCAGGUGUUCUGUA